UACCAAGCGGCGAUCUUUCUUUUUUAAAAUUAAUUUCAAAAUUUAAAUGGUCAAUUGUCAAUAUAAGAAAGGUCUUUCCUUUGCAAUUUUUCUCCCUUCUCAACUGUCUCUCCGUGUUCAUCUCGCGUGCAUAGCAGUCAGACAAAGCGAGAAAGAGAGAAUCAGGGGCGCACAGGGAGAGAAAGAGAGAGAAAGAGGGGGAGAUAGGGAGGGAGAGAGAGAGGCAUUAGGGAAGAAAAAUCCUCCUUUUGAUAAUUGUGCUUUCAUUCCACACACACGCACCCAACUUCUUAAUUCCAGAGAAGCCUCUUUUCUUCCUUUCAUUUUAUUUUUUGAACCGGGAUUCUCUGAUCGCCUGCGUGUUCACGAUCUUCAUUGCUUUGCUUUUAACUCGCUGGCCAGAUCUUCUUCUGUUUCGGAAUCUGAUUCCAAUCACACCUGUGUGAUUCUUCUCGUUGUGUUUGUUUGAUAAAAGGGUGGGACUCGUAUUUGCAUAGUUAAAAUAGAAAGCAAGGGGUGUUUUCAUAUUUGGGUUUGGGUUUGGGUUUUGAUGAGAUUGUGUUGAGGGAAAUGGUGCUUGCCUCAAGAGUGUGGUGUUGAAGUAAUAUGGAAGUUGUCAUUACACGCUUACGAAGAGUACAAUAACAUGUCGCUUUACAUUAAUCGCGAGGCUUCAAAGCUAUGGAAGAGAAUUUGCGCAGAGACAACCACAGAGAUCAACCUUCUUGCAGAGAAUUGGAAAUACAUUCUCGCUGGUCUCAUUUUUCAGUACUUGCAUGGUCUAGCUGCCCGAGGAGUUCACUAUUUACAUAAGCCUGGCCCUACUCUUCAGGAUGUUGGAUUCUUCCUUCUACCGGAGCUUGGGCAAGACAAGGCUUACAUCAGCGAAACAUUGUUCACCUUCAUCUUUUUAUCCUUCGUCCUGUGGACAUUACAUCCUUUCAUUUUGAAGAGCAAAAAGAUCUAUACAGUUCUAAUAUGGUGCAGAGUUCUAGCAUUCUUAGUUGCUUCUCAAUUUCUUCGUAUUAUCACAUUUUAUUCAACACAGCUUCCAGGUCCAAAUUACCAUUGCCGAGAGGGUUCAAGACUUGCCACACUGCCUGCUCCAAAAAGUGUCUCUGAAGUUCUCUUGAUUAAUUUCCCCCGUGGUGUGAUAUAUGGAUGUGGCGAUUUGAUAUUCUCCUCGCACAUGAUCUUUACUCUCGUCUUUGUGCUGACCUAUCAGAGAUAUGGCACAAGAAGGUGUAUUAAGCAGUUAGGGUUUGUUCUUGCUGUGAUUCAGAGUCUCUUGAUAGUAGCAUCUCGCAAACAUUACACUGUUGAUGUGGUUGUUGCCUGGUACACUGUUAAUUUGGUGGUAUUCUUUGUCGAGAAGAAAUUGCCAGAAUUACCGGACCGGUCCAACAUAGCAGCAACCUUGUUGCUACCAUUGAGCAAUAAAGACAAAGAUGGCCGGACCAAGGAAGAGAACCACAAGCUAUUGAAUGGGAAUUCUGGGGAUCCUGCAGACAGGAGGCAGAGAACUCAAGUGAAUGGCAAGAUUCUUGAGGAUGUUAAUACACACCUUGCUGACUCUGGGAUGAAUGGUGGGUAAUAGGACAUAGGGGGCCUUCUGCUUUCAGAAAUGGGAUCUACCGCAACUGCAAGACUUUGCUGUAGGGAAAGCAACAACCUUGUUCAAUUGGAGGAUUAGUGAAUUGUCAAAUGUCCUAUUUUAAUUCAAAUUAAUAGGGCUAAUUUGUGUUAGUGUAAUUUUACUUGGGUUGUGCUUUUUACCCAUUGUGUUCCCUGGUUAAAUUAUAUAUAGCAUGAGCAUGUGCCAUAGGAAUUUUCCCCUCAAAUCCUGUCUCCUCCGUCAUCUUUUCGUGAUUUCAUGUGCAUAGUCUGCUCUUCAUUUUCUAUUUUUGGUUCCUUUUGCCCUUUGCAGUCACAUGGGGAACUAAUGAUGGGGACAAUGCAAUAGUGCUUCUAAUGUAAAGAGUAAUUUCUUUUCCUA